UACAAUUCGAUCGACAAUGAAUUACGAGGACCGACCUCACUUUCCCGGCCCCAGGAUAUCUUGAUGUCUUGACUCUUGGUACUCCCGAUGAACCGCUUUCAGAUUCUUCGCUCAAUCCUUCAUAACAUCACUUACAGAGUUUUGGGAUUUUGGAUCUGAUGAUUCUCUUGUCUUAGUUGCAACAGCAAGUAAUUUCUUGGGACUCUUUGUGCCCUAUAUUAUGUGUUUCUAGUACAUUUUUGGAAGUUAAUUUCUGGAUCUAAAAGGUCGUAUAUUUGCAGCUGAGAGGGACUAUCUUACCAAUUAUCAUAAUUUCUGAGAGUUCAAUUUGUUUCUUGAGUUACUUAUUGUCUGAGCUGAAUUGCAGUCAAGUAUCUUGUCUCGAAAAACCAAACUUGUAGGAUUUUGGAAUAUGAUAUUUUGCUUUCAUACAGUCUUCUUUCUUGGUCAUCCAUGAAAUGAGUUUAAAGGAGAUUGAAGUCAAAAGCUGAAGCUUUGGUCUGGAAAACGAGACAAUCAAUGAGCUCAUCUGGGUUUUUCCUUCUCUGUAUGCUUCAUUCUUUGGUGGCCAUAAGCUGCGGAGCUUUGAUGAUGUUCUACAGCAAUGAUCUGCUUGUGUUUAGCCAUGGCAGAGAGCGUGCCAGCAAGCUUUUAGGAUCAACACCUCAUGAUCAGCUGAUAAUCCAAACAUCGGAUUCAUUUUCGGGAUUGCUCUUGUUUGCAAUCGGAUUUCUCUUGUUCAUGGUUGCAUUUGUAAGGGAUAGGGAUUUCCAUAGCUUCUUUGCUAAAGGGUGUGUGCUUCUCCAUGUAUCCAUGGCGGUUUGGAGAAUCUACUUUGAGAGGAAGGUUGAGGGCCUUGGCCGCGAUUGGCUGAGGCUGGUAGUUGGUGAUCUUGCCUUGGGUCUCUCUUGGAUUUUCUUCCUCGUGUACUCUUGGAGGGAGAAGUAUGAUUAAUCCAUCGGUCUUGGGUUUCGCUGAACCUGCAUUGCUCUCAAUGAAAUCCCCGCUGGAUGGAAUCUUGUUGUCAACGUGCUUCUGAGGAUGAAAAAUUGUCAGCUGGUGAAUUCAACUCUAAUUGAUCGCGAUUUGAUUUCUAUGUGUGUAUCUUCACAUCCAAUAUGUUUGAGUUACAAGGAUGUGAAUAUGGAUAUGAAAGACAGGUUUAAAACCCAUUUUCAUCUAUUGGCUUCUGGACAUAGCAAUAAUUUCUGGAUAUACCCUCAGCCUUGAAGGGUCGUUUGCAGGAAAAAAUUCGCCUACAUUCUUUAACAAGUGAAAGCCAUUUACUCCUCUUGUUUCCCUCCCAAAUUCUGAAGAACAUGUAUUCACCUAAUCCCCUUCAUGUACAUUUUUCCGGAUAAUAAAGUUUAUUUGGGUUUUAUCGCCUCUUAAUGGUUCAGAUGUCUGAAUGGUUCAGCACUUAAUGGUUUAGACUGUUUGUUUCAGCCUCUUAAUGGUUCAGAUGUCUGAAUGACUAAGAGACCUCUUAUCUGAAUUGAUCAGACAUUUGCCUCUGAAUAGUUAAGCAAUAUACUAGCUCUUAAUGG